GUGUCUACGCAACGCGCUAAAGCAACAGUCGUGGCCACCAGCCUGCAUAUAUACUUAUUUUAACAAAGGGCCGAGCCAGCCGUUUCGGAACGCACCAAAGCGCGCAUAAAGCGCGAGCCUUUGUGGAAUCGCGUGUGCUGCUCAAGCAAACUUUACGUCUAAACAUUUUACCAGAGCUUUUCACCGCUCCGUACCAAUACCUAAGCAGUGAUGAAUGGGUGCUACAUCAAAAGUGUCCUCCUGAUGGUCGCAAGCGGGUUCGCUAUCGCCGCAGAAGACAACCUGAUCGAGUCCUUCUACGAAAACCAGCGAGAGUCGCGACCUCGGUUCGUGAACCCGGCGAAAAUGGAGAACGCCAUCAAGGUGCAGCCCAUCGGCGGCAGCGCGAGACUCAGCUGCCGAGCGACAGGCGUGCCCGAGCCCCGGGUCGCGUGGUUCAAGAACGGCCAACCGCUGACCUUCGCCGCCUCCAACCGAGAGAACGGACAGAGGUACACUCUAUUGCUCACGGACCUCGCCCUCAACGACAGCGGCCAGUACACGUGCGUAGUCUCCAACCGACUCGGCUCUGUGCAGUGGACGUACACGGUCGAAGUUCACGAGAAAUUCAUCGCGACGCCCACCAUCGUCUGCCCGUUCUCCAACAUCACCGUGGCGGAAGGGGAAAGCGUGAGCAUCAUGUGCGACGUUUACAGCCACCUGACGGCGUUCGUGCGUUGGAUCAAGCACUACCACAUCAGCGGGAGCUACUUCGAUCGGAACGGAGCGCCGUACGCCAAGUUGGUCAAGGACGCGGCGCUCGCCGACGUCACGGACCCUCACACGCUGACGCUGAAUGACAUCACGCUCGCCGACUCCGGUUUUUACUCUAUACUGGCGAGCUCGCCAUCGGGGGCCUCGCACAAGACCAUAGAAGUCCUCGUCGUGCCGAGGCCCUUCCCAGGCCUCUGAGUUUCUGGGAUACUCUCACGAAAGAACUCCAGAACAAUGGUGUGUCUACUUUAAGCGAGAGAGGAAAUUUCGUUAGACAUCAAAAGGCCACUGUUCCAGCUACACGCUUCCGAUUGAAGCUCGACAGUGAAUUUCGGUGCGUACUAUAAGGACUAGCGCUCGACGCUGUAAAGAUAUUAUGGCCAACCUCACCGUUUCAAGUCACCUUAUCGAGGCGCAUUUCCCCACAUUAGAAAACGGUAGCUGUUGCCCUUUAUAUGUCGCCACGCCGGUCUGUUAACGGAACAGUGCUAAUUUAGGAAGUGGCGCCAAACCGUGAAUAUAAGCCAGUACGCUAUAUUCCGUACUCAACUGCGCUGUCGAUAAAAGUGCGAACAAAAACAAAAGCUUCUCUUAUGCCUAAAAUUGUCCGACAAUAAUUGGGCAAUAAGCUAUCUAUGCUUCCGCAGCAAAAGAAAAAGUAAGCAUGUAAAGAAAGGCUAAUAUCUCGAACAGUUUAACGCAUUCAACGAGUACAACCUUUGAAUCUGAUACGGCGAUGAAAACCGCUGCAAAUUUGUAUUCAGAUGACAGCUCAAAAACAAAAAGAAAAGAAAAUUCACUGGAACCGCCAUUAGCUUACGUGUAUCGUGAGGAUUUUGUCGGAAUAGGAACCACCUCCUUAACACUGACUAGUCAUUCAAGAAACAUUCUAGUAUGUUACACUAGAAAACACUGUUCAAGCUAUAUUCGAAA